AUGUUUACCUCGACUCCAGUCGCGUUAAAAGGUUCUUCCAAUCCUCGUGAUAAAUCAAGUGAAGCUACAAAGACUGUGCUGACCGUCCAGUACCCAAGUAAAACUUUGAACAAAACCCUGAGUGGAAGUUAUCAGGCCAUUGGAAAGGCUUUAGCGCAUGGGGUUCCUUCGCAAAUCGCAAAUGCGGUAAUGAAAAAUCCGACGAUCAAGAAUCACAUCAUUGAAAAUACCUUGAAAACCCUGUCAAAAGAGGUAGAGUCAUUAUGUUCGAGAAAGUCAAGCAAAGAGGAUCUGGCCAAGUUCGACUUCCAACUUCUAUGCAACGAGUGGAGACAGAGAGCACCACUGUUCUUCUCGUUCUUGAUGACUUCGGCAGUGAACAAAAGGACUAAAGAGUAUUCAUGGUUCUCAAGUGUAGCCAUAGCGGGAUCAGUACUUCUAAAACAGAGGAGUGAGAAAAUGGAUGCCACUGCUUCGGUUCUUGGCAUACUUCUCAAGUCAAAGUCAGUAGAGGCAAGUGAAGUCUUAUGGAAGCUUAUAUAAUUUUUUUUAAUAGUUGAUAGUUUGAAAGAAAUCUUGCAUGAUGCAUCUACCCCCAUGACGGUUUCAAAAACUUUGAUUGUACGUUUAAUACACUGUCAUUAAAUACCAGCAGUUAGUUACAGUGUCGGAACACUUAGAAACACUAAUAAACACGGUCAUAUAUCCCAGUUAAUUUGCAGUGCAGUAGCUCAGUAAAAGUAAUAAUAGAAAGUACUUGCAUUUGCAACAGAAAGAGCACAAAAUUUUCCUUGAAAACUUCAUCUUCUACAACUCCCAGAGAUCUAUCCAAGUUUGCUUCCUUAACCCUUUAAGUCCUAAAAAUAUCAGCAUGCACAUAGUCCCUGCAGUUGAUAAUUCUAAAUUUUUCCUUCUUUUUAGUUUUAACAUACCACUAUAGAUGGACAGUUUCGAACCUUAUGUACAUAUAUUUUGCUUGCUCAACAGUCAACCAUCGGCAGAUUUGACAAGAUGAAACUGACUAAUGCAAAUUUCUCUAUACUGAGAAAACUAGAUGAGCUAGGCGAGAACCAUGAUGCAGCUAUUGCAUGUCCAGGCAAAACGACAUGUUUCAAAUCAAAACAACAUGUUUCAAAUCAAAACAAAGAUCUGAAGACUGCUCAAGAGAAAUGUGAUGCUGUCUUGUUAACACAUGCUUCCCACACCCACUGUUCUUUAGAAUGUUAAGAUGAUGUCCAGUCAGGUAUGAGAAAGCUUUUUGUGAGUCUUAUGAGUUGAUGACUUCUGAGUAAAGUUAUAAGUUGGGUCAGGGUUACGCAUUGACUAUAUGGAUCAGUGGUAUGCACUUACUAUAGUAAUAUUAAUUUGUAUAUUGUAAUCAAUAUUAAUUUGCAUCAUGCAAUGAUUGCAUGGAAGCAAAUCAGAGAGAAUCAAGUUGUUGUACUUGACUCAUGACUCAUUUCCACUUAUUUUUCAUCAGCCAAAAGGGAGAAAGAUGAAAUACAAAAGGCAGCACACCCAGGCUUCGUCAUUUCGUUUGACAACUUGGAUAUCCAUUUGGAUCGAAAGAACAUGACUAUGGAGUCACAGAACAAGGACUUCCACUGGGUAAACCAUCAGAUGGUGGAGAACAGAGUCUCUGGGGCUAUGUUGGAUUCUUCAGCUCCAAAAAGAAACCUACUUGAUGUUUGUAAUUUGAGUUUUUGGCCAUCAAUGGAGGAACAGAAAUGUCAGAGGUUGAACUACGUUGUCCCGUGUUCUAGAAUAUUGGUUAAUUACUUUGAUGUCUUAACGCCUUUGGCUGAUGCCUGCAUCCAGCAUAUUCCUCAUAAAUAUACAAGUGAAUUAUCCAAGAAAACAAAGAAGGUUUGUUUUAAAUCUGCCAUAGUUGAAUCAUCUUAAGACUCAACUCCAGGGCCCGGUUGGUCAAAGCAGGAUUAAGAGAACCAAGGAUAAGCACGAAAUUUGACUUCAAAUCUAAAUGCUUGCAAAGCAAAUUCUUGCAAUUGAUUCUUUUUGCCUAUAAGCUCUAAAGUUAUAGGUAAAAAUGAACAGAAAACAUGCUUUUGAACGAAAGAUACAGGUGCCUGGAUUAAAUUUAACCUUGGAUUAGUGAUAAUCAGCCUUUGAACAACUGGGCCCAGUUAUUAGCAAAAGCUGGAAUAAAAAGUUUGAAUUUAUAAACAUGUAGGGCAGAAUAAUCUUUUCUUUGGUUUAAACCAAUCUGUGGUAAUGAUGUAUGGUUUCAUAAAAUUUCAUUACCCAUCCUGAGAAAGGUCACCAAAAAUUCUGGAGGGGAGUGGGGUCGGGGGGGGUGGAGAGGGGGUAUUAAAGGUCUAGAUAGCAAGCACAGAAAGAGUAUUUUAUCUGGAGUCUUGUGUAAAAUCGGUACAUUAGUAAAGUAUGUCAACUUUCGGCAGUAUGAAGCUAAAUAAAAUGGUAAUUACCUGAGGGGUUAAAAAUGUUCCUGCAGGUGAUUAUCAUAGUAUGCACACAUAUGCAUAUAACUGUAACAACUAAGUGUUUGUAAUAAUGUAUUUCAGGUUCCCCUUGGAUUAAUAUUCAAAAACGAAAAUGUCAACGAGGACAUGUUAGGAAUUCUACAGCAGUUCCAUGGUUAUCUUCCUCAGACACACAAUGGUGGCGUAGAUGGUCAACUAUUUUCAGGAGACCAGCUUAUCGUUGAACGAGCAGUGAAUAUGAUAUCCUCUGUGGCCAAUGGUUACACACCCAAAGACAGACUCGAAGGAAUCAACUUACAGCUGGGUGAUUGGCACGCUGCUGUCAAACUAUUCAGUGUGAGUAAAACAAUAUUUAAAACCUAAAAGAUGAGUUAUUAUCUGUCAUAUUUUUGACAAAUUAAUGUUGAAGCUGAAAGACCAUAAUAUAAUUUUCAUUUUCUUUCAUGAUGAUUAAUAAGUGUAAACUGCGGCUCACAGCUUAUACUUCUUUGCAAGGAGUUUUAGGAGGGCUUAUAAACGGAGGGGCUUAUAUUCAAGGGGGGCUUUUAACCGGAAUAGAAAUAGCGCCUUGAAAAAGGCUAUAGCAGAGCUAAUUAAAGUAUUGUACAGGUGUGCAAUUAAGCUGCAAACAAACAUAAUAAAUCCACUUCAUGUCAAUAAAAUUCGGAACAGAAUAAGAGGAGGGCAUAUAUUGGGGGGGGGGAGGCUUAUAAUUGGAUGAAUUUUUUUGUUUACAUGUGAAUGGGCCUAUAACCAGAAGGGCUUAUUUACAGUAUCCAAUAGCAUUUUUAUUUAAUAAUCAUCAUCAUUCUGGCCCCAGUUCAUUCAAAACUUCAAGAACACUAACCACUGAAUAAUCCUCUACAUAUGGCUACUGGUUAAUUCCAUUGUUUUCCCUAAUACUUAACUGCUGGAUAUUGGUUUAUCAAUAUACAAUACCUUAUUAUAAUUUAUGCAUUAGGUUCGGCACAUGAAAAGUUCGGCAUCUGAAGUCGUUCCAAAGUCGAUAUUCCCGGCCGGGCUAGGCGUGAAGAACAGCUGAGCCGUUCCAAAUUGAAAUAGGCAUUCCUAAUUGAUUCAGAUACCAAACUUUUCAUGUACUUAAUUCAAUGUAUUAGGUUCUGCUCAUGGAAAGAACGGCGUCUGAACCGCGCCUAACACAGGAUUGUCACUAAGAUUUCAAGUUGCCGGUUAAACACAACAAGUAGGCGGGGAAUCUAAUGGCUAGGGAUUUAUUUUGGUUCUAUUUUUCUUCUAUUUUCUAAUAAAAGUAGCCGGGGGCCACUCUCUUAGUAGCCGGGGAAAAUCCCCCGGCCCCCGGCUCUUAAUGACAACCCUGCUAACACUUUGAUGUUUCUUUUAUCAUCAGUUGAUUUAUGCCAGAUUCUACAAUGGAAAAUCUGCAACUGAUAGUUGCAGAAAGACGAAAAUGUUACUGGAGAUGUACAGUCAUCAUACCGGCCAGACAGAGACUUCCUGA